CCGGGCGCCGCUGCCGCCGGCUGGCCUGGUCACGGCGCCCAUGGUGACCCCGGUGGCGCUGGUCAACAAGUCGCCGGAGCUGAUAGCGUACGCCAAGCGCGUGUUCGGCAACGUGGACCUGAUGACUGAUGACCAGUGGAGACAGUGUCAGGACCAGAUGAAGAUGAACGUGCUGCUGCAGGACAUUCAGAAGAAGAAGGCGGAGGCCGAGCGGCUCGAGCGCAAGGGCAAGGUCAAGUACGACUACGACUCGGACGAGGAGACCGAAGGUGGCACCUGGGAGCACAAACGGCGCCAGGCUGAGAUGACCGAGACACACGCCAAGGCCGAGGAGCUGACCCAGAUGAACGAGGGCAAGCACCACAUCGGCGACUUCCUGCCGCCCGACGAGCUGGAGCGCUUCAUGGAGAAAUGGCGCGCGCUGAAGGAGGACCGCGAGCCCGACAUGUCCGACUACCGCGAGUUCCGCAUCAAGGAGGACAACAUGGGCUUCCAGAUGCUGAAGAAGAUGGGCUGGACGGAGGGCUCUGGCCUGGGCUCGGACGGCAGCGGUAUCACGGCACCCAUCAGCCAGAAGCGCACGCUCGACCCGGCCGGCGUCGGCGCCAGCUCCCAGGCCGACGUCAGCAAGGAGGACGACGAGUUCGAGGCCUAUCGCAAGCGCAUGAUGCUCGCCUACAAGUUCCGUCCCAACCCGCUCAACAACCCGCGGCGCGCGUACUACUGAGGGCGUGCGACCAAUGCCCGG